AUGACCUGGAGCUGCCUGGGUGCGCCUGGACCCUCAGUGACCACGGCAUCCCUGGAGGAGCCAUGUAGGGAUAAAAGGGACAGCAAUGCCUUCUUUGGAGACUGGGGUGUGGAUGAGUUUUACGCCGUGAAGACAUGCAGCCCUACACCUGGCCCACGGGAGCGCAGCAAGGGGAAGAAGGAGCAGUCACCGAGACACUUGCCCACCCACACUCCGCCCUGUGGGCCCAGCACAGGUGGCCAGCAGGCGGCCUGGGACCUCGAUGCCCCUCGGGCAAGCAGCAUCGAAGACCCAGGCCUGCGGAGGGACGUGAGGCACAGCCCCGACCCCCGGCUUAAUCGCAAACACCUGGGCUGGGGGAAACCGAGCGACGAAAACCGCGAAGCUGCGUCUGCGCGCUGGAUGAUUCCAGUCGUAGUGCUGAUUGGCAGCUUGUGCCAACGGAGGGCUACGGGCUGGCGUUUCGCCCUCCACCACGUCUCGCCCCUGAGAGGCGCCAAGAGGACACCCGGCCACAGUGGACACCGUGGCAGGAGAGCACGAGAGACUGUGAAGAGCAUGGGGAGCCUUUGUCGAGCCUUUGGCUUAGGAGCUGGGAGAAUCAGGCCCUUCCCACACCUGGAAAUAAAGCAGGGCCUUCAAGACAGUCCCAGCACCAUAAGCCCUGAAAGGUCCCAAGAGGAGAGCCCAGAAGGAGACACAGGGAGAGCAGAGCAGAAGCCUAUGGUCAAAGAUGCCUUCAAAGACAUUGCCAUAUACUUCAAGGAAGAAUGGGCAGAGAUGGGAGACUGGGAGAAAACUCGCUAUAGGAAUGUGAAAAGGAAGUAUAACGCACGGAUUACUAUAGGUCUCUGAGCCACUCAACCAGCUUUCAUGUGUCACCGAAGGCAGGCCAUCAAAUUCCAGGUGGAUGACACUGAAGAUUCUGAUGAAGAAUGGACACCUAGGCAGCAAGUCAAACCUCCUGGGAUGGCCUUCAGGGUGGAACAGAGUAAACACCAGAAGGGAAUGCCCAAGGUGUCAUUCAGUAAUGAAUCUAGUUUGAAGAAAUUGUCAGGAACGGCAAAUGUACUGAAUACAAGUGGCUCAGAGCAGGCUCAGAAACCAGUGUCCCCUCCUGGAGAAGCGAGUACCUCUGGACAGCACUCUAGACUAAAACCGGAACUAAGGAGGAAGGAGACUGAAGGAAAGAUGUAUAGCCUGCGAGAAAGAAAGGGUCAUGCAUACAAAGAGGUCAGCGAGCCCCAGGAAGACGACUACCUCUAUUGUGAGAUGUGUCAGAACUUCUUCACUGACAGCUGUGCUGCUCAUGGGCCCCAGACAUUUGUGAAGGACAGUGCAGAGGACAAGGGGCAUUCCAACCAUGCAGCCCUCAGCCUGCCCCCUGGGCUGAGAAUCAGGCCAUCAGGCAUCCCUCAGGCUGGGCUUGGAGUAUGGAAUGAGGCCUCUGAUCUGCCACUGGGUCUGCACUUUGGACCCUAUGAGGGCCGAGUUACAGAAGACGAAGAGGCAGCCAACAGCGGAUACUCCUGGCUGCCUUUACCUUAUUUUUCUGAAACUCAUAUCACCAAAGGGAGAAAUUGCUAUGAGUAUGUCGAUGGAAAGGAUAAAUCCUGGGCCAACUGGAUGAGGUAUGUGAACUGUGCCGGGGAUGAUGAGGAGCAGAACCUUGUGGCCUUCCAGUACCACAGGCAGAUCUAUAGAACCUGUCGAGUCAUUAGGCCAGGCUGUGAACUGCUAGUCUGGUAUGGGGAUGAGUAUGCCAGGAACUGGACAUCAAGUGGGGCAGCAAGUGGAAGAAAGAACUCAUGGCAGGGAGAGAACCAAAGCCAGAGAUUCAUCCAUGUCCCUCAUGCUGUCUGGCCUUCUCAAGUCAGAAAUUUAUCAGUCAUCAUGUGGAACACAAUCAUUCCUCUGAGAACUUCCCAGGAACAUCUACAAGAAAACUCCUCCAACCAGAGAAUCCCUGCCGGGGGAAACAGAAAGAGGAGCAGCAAUAUUUUGAUCCAUGCAACUCUAAUGACAAAACCAAAGGUCAAGAGAUCAGAGAAAGGUCCAAACUCUUGA